CCUUUGCGGUUAUAACUCAGAAGUCCAAGGGAAGCUCAUCCUAUAUAAAGACCUCAGUCUCGUAUUAGAUUCGAUCACAAAGAAACAGCAAAAGGUUUUGAGGGUGAAACCACUCUUAAUUUGAAGCCAUGGUCUCGUUUCACAAGGCGCUGGCCGAGAGUACUCCAAAGCCAGAAAUUCAUGCAGAAUUCGAAGCAUCAUCAAAGAAAAGAAAGUGGGAAGAGCCAUUAACCGAAGGUUUCUUCAAGGAUCAAAUAGAGAAAAGGAAAUCCGUCUUUGAUAUAGAGCUUCACCCUGAGACCCCUUUUUCUUCAGAUAAAUGGCGUCAAUACCUCACUAUUCAGUCAGGGCAGAUACAGUUGUGUAACACAAGAACAACAACAGAGAACCCCAAAAAAAGCUCCGAAGAACCACCUUCUUCUCAUCACAUGAGUUUAAACCUUGAGCUAAAUUUGACGUGUGAAUCACCGAGGAAAAAAGAAGAAGGUUAUGGUUAUGAAAUGAAUGAGAAAAAGAGUUCUGGUUCUUCCCCUGGGGGUUUGAGUGAACGUGAGGAUCUGUGUAAAAAAGAUUCAGAUGGUAAAAUUCUUUCUCCCUCGUGGUUGUCAUCAUCUGAAGAUGAUUACAAAGAGAUGGUUGCAACAGUUUGCAUGCGCUGCCACAUGUUGGUCAUGCUAUGCAAGUCAUCUCCUUCAUGUCCUAACUGCAAAUUCAUGCACCCACCAGAUCAGAACCCUUCAAAAUUCUUAAAGAGAAGAUGCAGUCUCUUCUGCUAGUUUAAUUUAAUUAUUGGGAACGUCGAUCAAAUACUACAUAAGUUUUCACCUUUCACCAUCUUUCUACUUUUCCCUCUGAAUAGCCUAAGUUCUUCAAAUAUAGCUCAAGUGUAUGUUCAAAACGGUGGGGUGAUGAUUAAUCUUGCUCUAAGUAAUAUGGUACUUAAUUUCAUUGUUAGAACAAAUGCGAAUAAGUGAGUACCGUAGAAGCUAACCUGGAAUAUAUCAUCAUCAUAUAUUUAUGUGUAUAUAGUAUUCUCGAUCAUCCAAAAUCUAUCCAUGUUGCCAGAGCAGAAUUUCGGCACAUACUUUCAGGAUUUGAAAACAAGCCAUCCAUCCCAUUGUUUUGGAUGGUGAUGGCUCUUAAUAUUUAACGGUUUUCUUCUCAUUGCAACAAAUGUUCAAUUUGAUCGCUGUUGUUAUUUUCA